GGAAAACUGUUGUCGCUGCAAAGCAUCGCUACGUAACCUUGCCGCUCGAUGAGCAACAAACUCAUUCACACGUACUUGACCUACGAUUGCGACGGCAUCCGCCACUCGAGCAAACCCAACAAGAAGACGUUCUUCGAAGUAUUCUCCCCAAGCGGCUUCCCAAGAACACCACUCUCAACACGUAGGCAACGCGCGACCACACUGGGGUAGCUAUGGCCCCUCGUGCAAGAGUUGCAGGCAGUCUGGCUGGCAUGGUCGCAUCGGACUCAGAGCCCGACUUUGAUGAUGUCCACGCCAUCGCAGCAGUGGCAAAGACGGCAGCAACCACCAAGAGACCCCGCGGCCGGCCACCGGGCACGGCAAGCAAAGUCACAAAGCCAGGCACGGAGGCGGCAACUCGUCGGGUUGGCGGCAAAGGAGGCGCCUCGGCUUCCAGGCCGUCUAGGCAAGCUUUGGCGGACAAGAGCAACACGGUCUCGAUGCGUACGGCCAGUAAAGGUGUCAAGAAGGCGUCGCAGACCACCACGACAGCGGGGUUAGAGCUCGAUGGGCAGGGCCUUGAACCGGUGGUGGCAAAGGCGACUCGUGGACGCCCAAAAGGAGUUGGUAAACGCCAAAGUGUGGGCAAUGAAAGGGCCGCGGAGCAGCCUGGCCAGGCCCAUGGCGAGGAAACCGAAGAUAAGCAACCGCUGGAGCUCAUGCAGGUUGACGCCGAGGAGCGGCAACUGCUUGUCGCUACCCCAGACCCAGGUGCUGAUGUGGACGAGAGCAACUCCAUCGCCGAUGACGGAGUAGAAGACGUGUCGUUAAGGCGCCGUCUUGGCGAUCUCACGCGAAAAUACGAAAACCUGGAGAUGCGAUACCGGGACUUGAAGGACGUGGGGGUAAGGGCAGCCGAGCGCAACUUUGAGCACCUGAAGCGGCAGGCCGAUGAGAACAUUGCCGGCUCAAACGAGCUCAUAGCUCAGCUUCAACAGGACCUUGCCUCACAGAUUGCUCUCGCUCAAGAGGGUGAGAGAGUACGACAAGAGCUCAGAGAAAGCGAGAACAGUGUAGAUGCACUUCAAGUCACCGUGGAUGAGCUGACGGCGUCCCUGACGGCGGCCCGGACCGAGAUCAAAACGCUGUCUACGAAGCUGGCCGCAAGCAGGAGCGCAGAGAUGCAUAUCAAGGCCCCGGGAAGUGCGCUCAAGGGCGGGGCUGCAGCUGGUAGGAAUGCGCAGUCAGAGGCGCUCCAUGCGCUCCAGGCGGCGCAAGCCAAGGAAGAUCUCUACGGCGACCUAACGGGCCUCAUUGUACGGGGCCUUAGGCAAGGAGAUGUGGAGGAUAUGUUUGACUGCAUUCAGACAGGUCGAAACGGUACACUGCAUUUCAAGCUGGCGCUGGAGCGCGCAGAGGGAGGCGACAGCUACGAAGACGUCCAGUUUACAUACAAACCGCAGCUGGACACAGACCGCGACGGCGAGUUGAUGGAGAUGCUCCCGGAUUACCUGAGGGAAGAGAUAACAUUUCCCAGAGCGCACGCUUCCAAGUUUUACAGCCGGGUAACCAAAUCUCUGACAGAGCGAGUGGAUUAGGGGACUGGCCCGCCCACGCAAAGGCGAGGCGGAUGAGUGAUGCUGGGCCGAGCAGCACGUGGCACGGGCAUGGUGGGAGAGACUCUGGCACCGCAUUCAUGUUUUUUUUGAUACCCUCUAUUCCUUGAUAGCCACCAGACUGGUGUGAGCCAGCGAGUCGGCCAUGGUUUUGUUCAGAGCUUGGCGCAAAUGGAAGGAUGCGACCCUCUGUGGCGAACCACUGCAGUGUGCCACUACUGGGCCGGGACUACCUUUGUACUCUGUAAGGCUACCUACUUACCUCAUUAGUGACAUGGCGUUGCUUGUCCCUUUCGCAGGGCAUACGUACUACCUAAAUUAGUAGGUAGCUAAGGUAGUACUUAUGGAGCACUGUGGGUGCUUUGGCACAGGGCAAUUGUUCGCAUGCCGACUUACUUUGCCGUCGGUAAGAUGGUCAAAAGUACAGUGAAUAAAGUGCGUACGGUAGAUCAUGGUAGACACUCCCUUG